AUGGCACUGGAUGCUGAAAGGAAAAGCAGCAAGACAGUAUCAGGAUCACAGCCGAUAAAGGGCAAGAAACGAAAAAGGGAAGAUGCUGCUCAUGGCCCCGACAAAGGGGACCACUUCUCCAAGCGAGCCGCUCUCAAGAACGGACCUGCACCAAAGGGGAAUCACCCCCGAGACCAAGCACAUACCGGCGUAAAGAAUAUUUUACCAAAUGGCCCUUUGAACCUCCCAGCGCCCGCCGGCGGCAAGGGUAAAAAGCAACCCUCAUCCUUGAAACAAAAGGCCAAUGCGCUCUUUGAAGUGCGCAAAAAGCUACCCAUCUUUGCACACGCGGACGAGAUUCGCCAGCAUCUCCGGCGGACCGACGUACUGCUCCUUGUCGGCGAGACCGGCAGCGGAAAGAGUACACAGGUCCCUCAGUUUCUCGUUGACGAGGACUGGUGCUGUGCGAAGACGGUCAAGGUCCGCUCGCCGCCGUCGACUAAUGGGAAACGACGGACGGUCGAGGUUGGUGGGUGCGUUGCGAUCACACAGCCAAGACGUGUGGCAGCGGUGUCGCUGGCGAGGAGGGUGGCGGAGGAGAUGGGUACUCCGUUGGGAAAUUCGUCGCCGGCGAGUAAAGUAGGUUACUCGGUCAGAUUCGAUACGUCGACUUCCCCGAGCACUAGGGUGAAAUUCUUGACCGAUGGGAUGUUGUUGCAGGAGAUGCUGAGUGACCCGUGGUUGACCAAGUACAGCGUGGUGGUGGUGGAUGAGGUCCACGAACGGGGUGUCAAUGUGGACCUGCUGCUGGGGUUUUUGAGGAAUUUGGUCUCUGGGACCAAGGAGGGAAGAGGCGGUGUGCCAUUGAAAGUGGUGGUAAUGAGCGCUACGGCUGAUAUGGAGAGUUUGCUCACCUUCUUCUAUCAAGGACUAGAGGAAAAAGCAGCAUCUCGUGUUGCGAGUGACAAUGCUGCGAAUGCGGAGAACGGAAGGUCCGACUCCGAGCGGAAUACUGUCGAUGGUAAGACUUCAACUAGGACAGUGGAAAAGCUUCGUCCUGUUGAGCCAGCCGUGUGCCGUAUCAAAGGGCGAAUGUUCCCGGUUACGACUAUCUAUUCUCCUGAACCUGUCCCUGACUUUGUGGAUGCCGCUUUGAAGACAAUAUUUCAGAUACACUACAAGGAACCAUUGCCCGGUGACAUUCUUGUUUUCCUCACCGGACAAGAAACCGUGGAAUCACUCGAAUAUAUGGUCAAUGACUAUGCACAUGGUAUGGAUCCAGCUUUGCCAAAAGUACUGGUGGCCCCGUUAUUUGCUGCAUUGCCGCAAGCUGCGCAACAGCAGGUUUUUCAGCCAGCGCCGCCGAGAACGAGGAAAGUGAUCUUGGCUACUAAUAUUGCGGAAACCUCCGUGACGCCAAAAAUGAAACAAUUUCGGACCCGACUAGGCCUGGAUUCUUUGCUUGUGAAACCCAUAUCCAAAUCUGCGGCUAUUCAGCGAAAGGGCCGAGCCGGUCGAGAGGCACCCGGCCAGUGCUAUCGACUCUAUACCGAAAAGGACUACUUGGGUCUGCAAGAAGCGAAUACGCCAGAAAUAUUACGGUGCGACUUGACCCAGCCGAUAUUGACGCUGAAAGCACGAGGGGUCGAUGAUAUCAUGGGAUUUCCGUUUCUGACCCCUCCUCCCAGAGAAGCGAUCGAAAAGGCUUUGUUGCAGCUCUUCAAUAUUCAAGCACUAGAGGAAACGGGUAAGAUCAGUGCAAUCGGGAAGCAGAUCGCCAAACUCCCUCUCACAGCACCGUUGGGUCGCGUUCUCCUCGCCGCUGCUGAUCAUGGGCAGAGAUGCUUGCAGGAUGUCAUUGACAUUCUCUCCUGUCUGAGUGUAGAGAACAUCUUUCUUAGCACGACAUCCGAGGAGAAGAAGGAAGAGGCUGAAGAGGCGCGACGAGACCUGUACCGCAGAGAGGGAGAUCAUCUGACGAUGCUGGUAACGGUUCGUGCGUAUUCAGCGGAAAAUUCUGACCGUAAAGCAUGGGCAGAGAGGCAUAUGGUAUCGCAUCGGGCUAUGCAGGCCGUCAUGGACGUCCGCAAGCAGCUUAUCACGCAAUGCAAGCAGGCCAAACUGUUUGAUGCCCAGCAAUCCAGCGACGGAGACAAGCCAAAGGCCGCCGCAGAUCCCACUGCCAGCGAGUCUUACGACCCGGUUUCCAUUCUCCGGAGUUUCCUUGCAGGCUUCGCGUGUAACACCGCGAGGCUUUUUCCAGAUGGCAGUUACAAGACCAUCGUUGGGAACCAGACUGUCGCCAUCCACCCAUCCAGCGUGCUUUUUGGGAGAAAGGUCGAAGCCAUUGUGUAUAAUGAAUAUGUAUUUACCAACCGGAGCUACGCGCGCGGCAUAGCACAGGCUGGUCGGCUACUAAAUAACACUCUCGGCCCACGAUAUCGCCUUCCAACGCUCUCAUGA